AUGCCGCGGGCCCCAUUACCCCGCAGAGGUAGGGUUCGACCCCAGAAUGCCCCAAAAAAUCGAGACGAGCGGGAGCGCGAGGAAGAGAUCCCCCAAGUGUACCACGAACUUCUGGCCGAAGCAGAUGCACGCGCUGCUGCUGAACCACACCAGGAAAGGCCCUUAAAACGUCGUCGAGUAGGGGAGAGGGCAGGAAAUUCGCAUCAUGUACAGACAAAUACCGUACCUCAAGUUUCGCCGAAUGCAAAUAAUGUGAUCGAUUUGACACAAACCCAAACUAUUUAUGACCUUGAUGCCGAACAGGCGACGGAAGAUGAAUCGGAUAUGGAGUGGGAGGAGGUUAUUGUACAGCAGUCGAGCACAAAUAUUCAGAAUAUGGUACAAGCCCGAGGUGAUGAAUCAUUGGAUAUCACGCUUGACGAACCCUCCAACGUUCAAAGGACGAUUGUGACAAGACGUAAACCGGUAUCUGGAGCUGAGAAGAAACUUCGACUUGAUGUUCACAAGACUCACGUGUUAUGCUUACUCGCUCACGUAUCUACGCGUAAUCUGUGGUGUAAUGACGAUGAAGUUCAGAAGUACCUCAAACAGACGUUGCCGAAACAAACGAUAUCUCUCUUGAACCCUAGGGAAUCUUUACCUCAGUUUACUCGAUCAACUACCUUUAUCGACGGCAUAAAACAGGCGAGUGAAGCUUUUGCGCGACGGUUCAAAGUUACGGCACCUGGCCUGAGACGGCCAUAUUGGGCAGAAGGUGCACAAGAGUGCAAGGACAGAGCGGCAUCGAUCAUGCACGAUGGAGAAAUUAUCUCGACUAGGGAAGAAUUUCGCGAACAAGCGAGAAAGCUUCAAGGGUCACGAGAUUUCGGUGCCCAGUUAUUCUGUGCUUUGUUACGGUCAGCUGCGGUCGAGGCACGACUGGUUUGUUCACUGCAAGUGCUACCUUUCUCCGGAGUCGCUAAAGGCACGAGUCCUGAGAAACCGAAGCGAGAGUAUAUCGUUAUAUCCUCCGAUGAUAAUCUUAGCUCUAGCGAUGACAAAAUUGUUGCUCAAAGUGCUGGUACGCCUGCCAAGGGACGAAGACUUGGGCAGCCCUCUUUCAAAAUGCCAGUGCGGCAGUCCGCCUCAAACUAUCUACGACAUCCACGCAAUUUUUCCGGCUCUCCAUUUCCGGUCUUUUGGGUUGAAGUCUUCAACGAGGCUGUUCAAAAGUGGAUUCCCGUCGAUCCUUUGGUCACAAAAUCUGUGGCACGAGCUUCUAAAUUUGAGCCUCCUGCUAGUGAUAGACAUAACAAUAUGUCCUAUGUGGUAGCAUUUGAAGAAGAUGACUCUGCUCGAGACGUUACGAGACGCUACGCAAAAGCCUACAAUGCAAAGACGCAGAGGACGCGCGUGGAAAGCACCAAGGAUGGAGAGACGUGGUGGACAAACGUCAUGAAUUACUACGAGAAGCCUUUUCUGGAAGAUCGAGAUCAGCUGGAAUUCAGUGAAUUUACGGCAAAGUCAGCGGCUGAACCGAUGCCUCGGAAUAUCCAGGACUUCAAAGGUCAUCCUGUCUAUGCCUUGGAAAGACACCUUCGGCAGAAUGAAGUGAUUCAUCCGAAAAGGAAGAUCGGCCAGGUUGAAGUUGGUAAACCAGGCUCCAAGAAAGGUUCCGUGGUAGAACCCGUUUAUCGUCGGGCAGACGUGCACUUGGUAAGAAGCGCCGACGGCUGGUAUAGACUUGGAAGAGACAUUAAGAUUGGAGAACAACCCCUGAAACGCGUUGCAGCUUCGCAGAAAAGGAAUGAGAGUGAUGAUGAAAAGGAUGGUGUCUAUGGCGCUGAGAGAACGCUGUACGCAUUACAUCAAACUGAGCUAUACAAAUCACCGCCGGUUGUCAAUGGCAAGGUCCCCAAAAACGCAUAUGGGAAUCUGGAUGUCUACGUUCCUACUAUGAUUCCUCCCGGCGGGUUCCACCUCAAACAUCCCGAAGCAGCUCGAGCGGCUCGUAUACUUGACGUUGACUACGCUCCUGCCGUGACCGGGUUUGAAUUCAAAGGUCGCCAUGGAACUGCCGUGUUCAACGGUGUGAUUGCGGCAUCUGAAUAUCGCGAAGCUUUGGAAGAAGUCGUUAGGUGUAUUGAGGAUGAAAGGAUGCAGGAAGAACUUGACCGAAGAACAGAGGAAGCGCUACGUCUUUGGAAGCAUCUCUUGUUGAAGUUACGCAUCGCGGAAAGAGUAAAGAAUUACGCAAUCGAAGGGGAAGCUUCUGAAGUAACAGAUAAUGAAAGACACGUGAGUGAUGAUGCAUUAGAUGAUCCGGACUUUGCAGAAGGGGGUGGGUUCAUUCCGGAGGAUGAUGAAAACCACCCACCGCCGACGAGUGGCCAUAUUGGGUAUGAUGGAGAUCCAGAAGACGGUGCUGGUAGUGGCUUUAUUGUGGAUGAGGAUAUGGUGGAGAGUCGAGAAGAGUUCACCGAAGACAAACCCACCCAGGAAACAAACGCUGUUCAGGAAGCAACAGUCCCUGGGCGCAAGGUGCCAACUCCUGUGAAGCUAAAAAAGAGCGUACCGCGCUACAAGCUAAUUGUGAUACCCAACACAACUAGUAUUGAAAGUCCAUCGGACCCACUAGUCAAUUCAGCACAGAGAAAACCACAAGAGGACAAUGUUGCACAGUCAGACGUGAAUAUGUCCGACGUGAUCCAAGGUGACCGGUCAUCUGAAGCUGCUCCCAUCAAAGUUGAUUUUUCAAGUGGUCAUCCAUCUACUCCUGUCAGCGUGGAUCAUAAUUUCCAAGGGCCAGAUGACCUCAAUUCACCGGAAAAACCUGCGGAGCCGGAACAGAGCGAGUCUGAUUCUGACUUGGAGAAAGUGUCACUGUUAUCCCACGAUCCUGAGGAUGAAGAUGCCGAGCCUGACUGGCUCAUGUCUGAUUAA